GAAGGCGAGAAAGAAAAAGUGUUGCCUAAAGUUAAUGUAAAAUUGAUCGAAGGGCAUGGAAAACCAGAUCGCACCUCAGGACGCGUCAACCAAUUGGGAGGUGUAUUCAUCAAUGGACGCCCGCUUCCCAAUCACAUUCGCUAUAAGAUAGUGGAGAUGGCGGCCGCCGGAACGAUUGACGACAUCGUUCAACUGAUGGAUAAUUCUUCAUUUCCAUCACUGCAGAGCACAACUAGAGGUAUAGCCUUCACUAAUACCGGCACCGAUAACACAAAGUGG